AUGCCCCCUUCCGUGCUGAAGUCCAAACACCUCAACCUGGCGGCAAGAUCUUCCAUGCGCGGCUUCCCAACCUACCGUCACAGUCUGGGAGCCAGCACAAAGCCCGGACGCCCUCGGCCAGCUUCCCUUGUGGCAAACAGUCCCCCCCGCCCACCCCCGUGGGGGAACGAACCGUCCCAGCGGCUCUGUCCUACCCUUCUCCAUCGCUCGCCCCAACUCCACAUCGGGGCCCCACAGGCCCCAGCGCCCCCUACCUCCGAAACCAUAGGACUACAAAUCCCACAAUGCCACGCGAGCGGGCGCACUUCCUUUUCCGGCUGCACAAGGCGCCUGCUCCUGCAGACGUGUUAUUCCUGUGGCGGAGCGGUGGAUUACCCUGUGCCUGGCAAGAUGGAGCUCGAGGCCAUGAGCAGAUACACCAGCCCAGUGAACCCAGCUGUCUUCCCCCAUCUGACCGUGGUGCUGUUGGCCAUUGGCAUGUUCUUUACCGCCUGGUUCUUCGUCUAUGAGGUGACCUCCACCAAGUACACUCGGGAUAUCUACAAAGAGCUCCUCAUCUCCUUGGUGGCCUCGCUUUUCAUGGGCUUUGGAGUUCUCUUCCUGCUGCUCUGGGUCGGCAUCUACGUGUGAGCUCCCAAGGGUUCCAGCCCGGCGGCUUCACUGAACCCCUGCUUUUGUAAAUUAAUUUUUUUACCGUUGCCACAAGCGUCCCCCACCUGCUCACAAUAAAGGCAGAUGUGUGACCGUC